GCUCAUCUAGCGCCAAACUUAAAACUGCUUAGCGUGCUGCAAACGCCUCGUGCUCACAAGUCCCGCCACUUGCCCCAACUCGCCUCGCCAGUUUCUCCAUCACAACUCCAGGUCCAUCCACCAGGAGGCAGAUUCUACCGCGACGAGACCGCUUGCGCCGCCAAUCCCCCAUCCCUAGCUUCUAUAUCCAGAAUCUCGAUAUUCACCACGUCGCAUCCUACGCGACUGCUGGUCGCAUAUCCUAUCCCAUAUUCCCUUUUCGACGGGAUCCUGCCCAUCCCCUAAUACCCUUCGAUUCGGUCAUCCACGUCCAACGACAGCGAAGACAUCGCGCCAAGCUCGUGCAUCUACAAAAAGUCAUUGAACAUCAACACUGGACGCGCCGCACACUCUCAUCGCGCGACAACUCCAUCCCUCGCCUACCCGACUCAUUUUUGACAGUCGUUCUGGCCAUUGCCGCCUUCGCCAAUCCGCGCACUACCAUACGGCUUCGUCUGUUCACAUCAGACCUGAUGCGCAAGGCUGGAUCCUGAUAUGCGCCCAAGCUAAUCAGCACAACCACGAAAGCCGUCUGCAAGUGAAAGGUCUAUCAACUCGCAAUCAUGGCUUCUGUUCAGACCGCGCCGGCUGUCCAGCAGCCUGGUUCGGCCAUGUCCAUGGGCAAUCCAGAAAACAUGAAAAACGCACUUCAGAAAUACAAGCAGAUGAAAGAUGCAGGCGUGUCGGAUAAAGACCCUGAACUCUUGAAACUCCACCAAUACCUUACUUCGAUGCAGCAACAGCGCAUAUUCCAACAGCAGCGGGUUGCCUUUGCUCAACAACAGCAGCAGAUGAUGAAUCAACAAAAUUCAGGAAGCCCUGCCGCGAAUGGUACAAACGGCACACGAACUGCUCCAGCACCAGCCACCCUUCCUACCUCACAAGCUCCUGCCACAACCUCGCUUGGCCCAUCGGCUAUUCCUGCAACAGCAUCACUUGCAUCUGCGCAGAAGAGUGGAGUCCAGCGAUCGACAGCAGCAGGAAGCGGAGGUUACUUCUCACCAGAGCAGCUGGGCAUACUCAAGCAGCAAAUCUUCGCUUUCAAGUGCUUGUCGAAGAAUAUGGGCAUACCACAAGCCGUGCAACAGCAACUCUUCACAGCCCACAAGAAGGCGGCCCCUUCAGUCGACGGUACUCUCGAAACUUCGGCGGCAAAGACAGAUGAUGCGCAACCGACCACAAAUGGAGUUGAUGGGGCAGCCGGAAACAAGGAUGUCGAUGCGAUCAAAGUCCAUGAAUAUAGUGGCUUCGAAUCACCACGCUCAGGCCUCAAGGACAAAAUUGGUUAUUCUAGCCACCAGAAACGUGAGACAAGACCACUUAUUCCCAGCAUCAUGCCAUCUGGUGUCAACCUCGAGAAGAUUCGACAGGAGAGAGAGAUUGUCAUCUAUAAUCGUAUCCAAGCUAGGCUGGCGGAUCUCAAGGCUCUCCCAGCAAAUAUGGCACACUUGGAAGUGCGAGGUGACGAGUUAACUCUCGAGGAAUCUGUGAAGCGAAAAGCUUUGAUUGAGAUGAAGCUGCUUGGUCUGGUCCAGAAGCAACGCAAUAUGCGAGAGCGAAUUGGACGCCAAAUGAUUCAAUAUGACAAUCUUGCCAUGACUGCUAAUCGAAGCCAUUACAGACGCAUGAAGAAGCAAACGUUGCGCGAGGCACGCAUUACAGAGAAGCUUGAGAAGCAGCAACGUGAUGCUCGAGAGUCGCGUGAGAAGAAAAAGCAUAAUGAUUAUCUCACAACCGUGCUUAAUCAUGCUCGCGAGGUCAACAUUGCGGCUAACAACCAAAGAGUGAAGAUUGGCAAGUUGGGCCGCAUGAUGGUACUGCAACACCAAAACAUCGAGAAGGAGGAGCAGAAGAGAAUUGAGAGAACAGCCAAGCAACGUCUCCAGGCCCUGAAAUCCAACGAUGAAGAGGCAUACUUGAAGCUGCUUGACCAGGCAAAGGACACUCGUAUCACCCAUUUGCUCCGCCAAACCGACGGUUUCUUGUCGCAACUUGCAUCGUCGGUCAAAGAGCAACAAAGAAAGGCUGCUGAACGCUAUGGAGACAACGCUGAUGAUUUCUUGGACGAUUCUUCUGACGAUGAUGAAGAAGAGGAACAGGAUGUCCGCAAGAUCGAUUACUACGCUGUUGCGCAUCGCAUCAAGGAAGAAGUCACCGCACAGCCAUCAAUUCUCGUUGGUGGUACUCUCAAGGAAUAUCAAAUCAAGGGUCUUCAAUGGAUGAUCUCUCUGUACAACAACAACCUUAACGGCAUCCUUGCUGACGAGAUGGGUCUCGGAAAGACUAUUCAAACGAUCAGUUUGCUCACCUAUCUUGUUGAGAAGAAGAAGCAAAAUGGUCCUUUCCUUGUCAUUGUACCUCUCAGUACCUUGACCAAUUGGAAUCUCGAAUUUGAGAAGUGGGCUCCCUCCCUCGCAAAGGUGGUCUACAAAGGUCCUCCCGCCACUCGAAAGCAACAGCAGCAACAAAUUCGGUACGGCAAUUUCCAGGUUCUCCUGACGACCUAUGAGUACAUCAUCAAGGACAGACCUAUUUUGAGCAAGAUUAAGUGGAUUCAUAUGAUCAUUGACGAAGGUCACCGUAUGAAGAAUUCUUCCUCAAAGUUGAGCGCCACCUUGACACAAUACUACAACACAAGAUACCGUCUCAUUCUCACUGGUACACCGCUGCAGAACAAUCUCCCCGAGUUGUGGGCUCUUCUCAAUUUUGUCCUCCCGACCAUUUUCAAGUCCGUCAAGUCCUUUGAUGAAUGGUUCAACACCCCGUUCGCAAAUACUGGUGGCCAGGACAAGAUGGAACUUACUGAAGAAGAACAAAUUCUUGUCAUUCGUCGUCUUCACAAAGUUUUGCGCCCGUUCUUGCUCCGUCGUCUGAAGAAAGACGUCGAGAAGGAUCUUCCCGACAAGACCGAGAAAGUCAUCAAGUGCAAGUUCUCAUCGUUGCAAUCUCGUCUUUACAAGCAGAUGGUCACCCACAACAAACUUGUUGUAAGUGAUGGCAAGGGUGGAAAAACUGGUGCAAGAGGUCUCAGCAACAUGAUCAUGCAGCUCCGAAAGCUUUGCAACCAUCCUUUUGUCUUCGACGAGGUCGAAAAUCAGAUGAAUCCUCUAAACACCAGCAAUGAUCUCUUGUGGAGGACUUCUGGUAAAUUCGAGCUUCUCGAUCGUAUCCUUCCCAAAUACCAGGCUACAGGUCACAGAGUCCUCAUGUUCUUCCAAAUGACAGCCAUCAUGGACAUUAUGGAAGAUUAUCUGAGAUAUAGAGGCAUCAUGUUCAUGCGAUUGGACGGUACCACGAAGUCUGAUGAUCGUUCAGAUCUCCUCCGCGAGUUCAACGCGCCUGAUUCACCUUACUUCAUGUUCUUGCUCUCUACUCGUGCUGGUGGUCUGGGUCUGAAUCUGCAGACAGCCGAUACUGUCAUCAUCUACGAUUCUGAUUGGAAUCCUCAUCAGGAUCUCCAGGCCCAAGAUCGUGCUCAUCGUAUUGGCCAAAAGAACGAGGUCCGAAUUUUGAGACUUAUUAGCUCAAAUUCGGUCGAGGAGAAGAUUUUGGAGCGUGCCAAAUUCAAGCUUGACAUGGAUGGUAAGGUUAUUCAGGCUGGUCGUUUCGACAACAAGUCUUCUGAGACUGAUCGUGACGCUAUGCUCCGUGUCAUGCUGGAGACUGCCGAAGCUGCCGAGACUCUGGAACAAGAAGAGAUGGACGAUGAGGAGCUCAACGAGAUCCUUGCCCGUAGUGAGAACGAGAAAAUUAUCUUCGAUGAAAUGGACAAGGAGCGAGCCAAGGAUAUGACCUACGGUAUAGGCCCUGGAAGUAAGCGCGUCCCGCGUCUGAUGGCUGAGAGCGAACUUCCCGAAAUUUACAUGUCUGACGGCAACCCAAUAUCGGAUGAGCCAGAGGAGAUCAAGGGUCGUGGUGCUCGUGAGCGGACUCGCGUCAAGUACGAUGAUGGCCUCACUGAGGAGCAGUGGCUACAAGCCGUUGAUGAUGAUGAGGAUACCCCAGAAGCCGCUGCCGCACGGAAGCAAGCUCGCAAGGAGCGUCGCGAGAACAAUCGACUCAAGCGAGCAGGCGAACUGCCUGGCUCCAUUGAGAACUCCCCUGCCGGAAGUCGUGACAGCACCGAAGAACCUGAGCCUGAGCCAACACCAAAGAAGGGCCGUGGUCGGAAGCCUGGAAAGGUUGAGAAGCGGAAGGCAGAUGAACUUGAUGAUGAGCCACCUGCCAAGCGGAAGCGUGGCCCAACAGGUCGACCUUCCAAGGGAGGUGCUUCGAAUGCUGAUAGCAUGACUCCUAAGCACCGAAGCACUCUCCAAACUAGCCUGCGCAAAGUUUACGAUGCCGUCAUGAACAUCACUGUCGUGGUUUCCGAUUCUGAUGAUAGCGAUGAAGAAGGACCCGCCGAUGAGAAUAAGGGUCCAUAUGUUCUCGUUGGUCCUUUUGUAUCCCUGCCAUCGAAGAAGGCGUUCCCAGACUACUAUGGCAUCAUCAAGGAGCCCAUUGCCCUGAAGACCAUGGAGAAAAAGAUCAAUAAGGAAGAGUAUUCAAGCCUCGGCGAUUUGCUGAAGGAUGUUCGCUUGAUGGUCAGCAACGCGAAGACAUACAAUGAGGAAGCCAGCGCUAUUUGUAUUGACGCUGUCAAGAUCCAAGAUGCCUUCGAGUCUAUGAUUCAAGAUGAGAUUAAGGAGCACCCUGAGCUUGGCGACGGGGACGAUUCUUCACCAAAUGGCGGUUCAACUGCUCCCACGACUAAUGCGGGCACUCCUGUCCCAGGUGCAUCCAAUGGCAAAAUCAAGCUUGUGUUUAACGCAAGUGCUAUUGCGAACGGUGGGAGCAGUGGUCGCCAAAGCGAUGAUGAGUAAGUAGAACAAUGGUUGAUCAUGAACUGGUUGGUGGAAUACGAUAGCGAGCUGAUUGCUUGGGAGGCGGAGUUUGCAUAUUUGGUGUUGCUGGUAUGGAGUGGAUAAGAAUUGGCGUUACACAGGCGAAAAAUCUUGGAGAUCACUAAAUCUCUUACAACGGGGCUCCGGAGACUUGCUUUUGGGCUGAGAUCGCCUAGACUGUAUUGUAGAGAGACAAUGAAUAUGUAUGACUUGUAGUACCUUAAGUAAUAUACUG